CAUGUUUACCCUGUUGCAACUCGUCACGUUCGUUGCCGCCGCUGUCGCGUCGACCACCGACGCCAAUUGGCGCCUCCCAAGUAACGAGAUCGGGUCCGACCACUCGCUCAACCUGGUCGCAACCAAGUCCAAGCCCUUCAACUACGUGAUCCAGGACGACGGCGCAUCGUACAUCGCACCCCACUUCAACGAGCUGUCCAUCCCCAAUGGCGGGGUGCUGGAGAUUCGCGCCCUUGACGGAUCACAAAAGGUUCGAUACACGGGCUCCCGCUCCGACUUUUACGCCGAUGCAACUGUCGAAGUGUGCGUGCCCAUGUCCUCGAAGUCAAGUCUGGAAUUUGACUCAAAAUCCCGGCUUGCUAAAUUGCUCUAA